AUGCUCGUCCGAUCAAACAGCUUCCGGCACUCGCUGGCUGUUCGCAGGUUACACUCCUUUGCAUCCACUCCGGCGAUCGCGGGAUGCUUGACAAGACCGUCAUUAUCCGCUGGACCUAGUCUGCAUGCAUCCUCUACAGAAGACCUGCGACCAUGGAGGCCAAGGUUAUCACGAGCUGGUACAAGCUUGCAAUCCCUGCGCACCUUGGCCACAGCCAUAGACGAUUACAAGACGAUCGAUGACAUACCAUUCGAGCACCUUCCCGAAUCCAGAUACCCACUGCACACUUCACAAUCCUCACCCCGCGUCUACGACUUGCGACCAUUCGAUGUUUCGUCGCCUCUCAUGGUACGAGAGCGAAGCACCCAGAUCGCACGGCAAAGGAUCAACACCAAUGGCAUACCUGGCGACCCCGACGAGAUGCUGUCGCUCUUCGACGCAUGUCUGCAGGUCGGCAAAUUGCAUCGGGCGUCGCUCAUUCUGAAGCGUAUGGGCGGCAUGGGCGACUCUCCUGAGGUCGAUCUCAUCAGUCUCCAUAAUCGAUAUCUUCGGGCAUCGCUGGAGAGGCUCUUGACGCAACCAAAUCUAGGGAAAGCGGAGGAGCUUCACAAAUGGUAUGAGCUGCAAAUCCGGAACAAAAAUAUACCGCACACACCCGAGACGGUCGCUUGCAUGCUCAAGGCAUCUCUUCUCUCGUCCCGUGGAUCUCGCCUUCAACGCCUUAUAGAUCGGUAUAUGAGCAUGGCACCUGGGGACGCUGGCCUAGAGGUCUUGUACAUGACCGAUAUCCUGACCGACCAAGAUCGAGCCACCAUUACCGAAGUCUGCCAAAGAUACAACCUUUCUCCGGGAGAGGAGCAGCUGGCUGCAGAACUAGCCAAUUCUCCCGUAGCCGAGAGCGCCAACUCUGUCGAAGCAGAAAGGGUUGACUCUGCCGUGAUCCCCCCGGUUCUCAGCACUCCGCAGAAGGGUAUGGGUCUCCGCAUGAUCAAGCAGACCCUCUCCCUGUUUUCCGAGAUUCCCCAGGGACGAGACAUCGCGACCCUCAGCCUUGAGGAGAGGAAGGAAAUCCAGUCUCGGCUGGAACGUGACUGCGUUGAUGCUGCUGUCGAUCGUUGGCGCGAGGAGAACCAAGCCUUGCUAAAGAUGGGACUCAACACUUCAUUGUCCAGCGCCUCUCUGAACUCGAGGUUGUAUGAAUGGCAGCGCGACCUUGAAAACCGCCUGACCCGCGAGAUGGAAAUGGUUGACGCCGCCGAGGCAGCCGAAAGCAAGAACAAGGAAGACAUGGAUCGUUGUCUUUAUGGUCCAUUCUUGAAACAGUCCAGUCCAAGCCGACUCGCAGCCGUGACGAUAUUAAGCACCCUGAGUUCCCUGGCAAUGCACGGGGCAGACAAAGGCGUCCCACUGGGUGUCGUCAUCAAUCAGCUAUCCAAGAUUGCCGAGGAAGACAUCCGCGCUCAGAUUCGAAGCAAAGAAUCGACCUCAAAGAAGUUCAAACAGUCGAAAGUUUCGGCACGGUCUGCUCUGCGCAAAGCCAACUCACCCUUGCCAGAACAGGCACCUGUGGACGACGUUCAGACCAAUGUUAUCAACCCAGAAGCGUACACUGACAAAUCAUGGCCAUUGGCGAUCAAGACCAAGGUUGGCGCCGCGCUGCUCUCAGCUCUGAUCGAGAGCGCCAAGGUCACAGUCGUGAAGGAGGAUCAGGUCACAAGCACACUGCUUUCACAGGUCCAGCCAGCGUUUACCCAUGCAACCCAAUUCAAGCGGGGAAAGAAGGUCGGCAUGCUUCUCCCCAACCAGACGCUGGUCGAACUCAUGAAGCGUGAGCCAAGGGGUGAUUUCCUGGCCCGACACUUGCCCAUGGUGGUCGAGCCGGCCCCCUGGUCCAAGUUCGAUAAAGGGGGUUUCCUCGAGUAUCCGACUCCGCUCGUGCGCAUCAAACAUGGCGAGAAGGAUCAGAAAAUUUACACGCAAGCCGCCAUCGCCCGCGGUGAUAUGGACCAAGUGCUGAAGGGCUUGGACGUUCUCGGCCGGACCGCCUGGAACAUCAACAAACCCGUCUUCGAUGUCAUGCUGGAAGCUUGGAACACUGGCGAACCUAUUGCCGACAUCCCAGCUCUACAUCCCGAUAUCCCUACUCCACCCGAGCCCGAUUCAUCAGAUGAUCCCAUGCAAAGGAGGCUAUGGAUCAAGGCAGUCAAGGCGGCGGAGAACCACCGAUCCGGACUUCAUUCAGUUCGAUGCUUUAUGAACUUCCAGCUGGAAAUCGCUCGUGCCUUCCGGGACCAGACCUUCUAUUUUCCUCACAACAUAGACUUCCGCGGACGUGCCUAUCCCAUCCCGACUUACCUGAAUCAUAUGGGUGCGGACCAUGUCCGAGGUCUUAUGUGCUUCGCCAAGGGCAAGGAAUUGGGUGAGGAGGGCCUUCGAUGGCUGAAGGUGCACCUUGCCAACGUCUACGGGUUUGACAAAGCGAGUCUGAAGGAGAGAGAGGCUUUUGCAAUGGAUAACGUGGAGAACAUCAUUGAUUCCGCCACCAAUCCUCUCAAGGGCAAGCGCUGGUGGUUGAAGGCUGAGGAUCCCUGGCAAUGUCUCGCAACUUGUUACGAACUCAAGGCGGCUUUGGACUGUGCGGAUCCUACCCAAUACAUUUCACACUUGCCCGUGCACCAGGACGGCACCUGCAACGGCCUGCAACACUAUGCUGCAUUGGGCGGCGAUACCUGGGGUGCGCAGCAGGUCAAUCUUGUGCCAGGUGAUCGGCCCGCCGAUGUGUACUCGGCAGUCGCAGACCUGGUGAAGGAGAAUAUCGCUGCGGAUCUCGAGCAGGGCAACCCCUUCGCGGUAGCUCUCACCGGCAAGAUCACAAGAAAGGUUGUCAAGCAAACGGUCAUGACCAACGUGUACGGUGUCACCUUCUCCGGUGCCAAGAAGCAGGUUCUUAAGCAGCUUGACGCACUGUACCCGGAUCUUCAGUCGCAGACGGGGCUCGAUCCUCUCAUCUUGGCCUCUUACAUCGCCACCAAGAUCUUCAAGGCCCUCUCGACGAUGUUCCGCGGCGCUCACGAUAUCCAGUACUGGCUUGGCGAGAUCGGUGGCCGUGUCUGCCGUGCUCUUACCCCCGAUCAGCUGGCAAGACUCGAGAAUCAACCAACUCCUGCGAAGAAGGGCAUCAGGGCCAAGGCUGCCAAAACCUCGACCGAGGAGAUCUUGAGCCAGUUUAGGUCCACACUGGUGUGGACAACACCGCUGCGCAUGCCCGUCGCUCAGCCCUAUCGCAAGAGCGGAACGCGGACGAUCUCAACCUGUCUUCAGGAUCUGAUUCUCGUUUCGCCAGAGUCUUCUGAUCCCGUUCACCGACGCAAACAGCUGCAAGCCUUCCCGCCAAACUUCAUCCACUCCCUCGACGCCAGUCACAUGAUUCUCUCAGCGCUAGAAUGCGACGCCAUGGGCUUGUCAUUCGCAGCCGUUCACGACUCUUUCUGGACGCACGCCGCCGAUGUCAACAAGAUGAACGGUGUCAUUCGCGAUGCCUUCAUUCGGAUCCAUAGCGAAGACGUCAUCGGGCGCCUGGCGUCUGAGUUCGAGGCUAGAUACAAGGGCUCGAUCUACCUGGCCAAGGUGAACCAGAACACCCCUGUCGCCAAGAAAAUCAUAGCUUUCAGGAAGAAGGCCCGCAUGUCUUUGCGGGACGAACUUCUGUUGGAGAAGACCCGCCUCCAGCUUCUUAAGUCGACCGACCCCGAAGAGGUGGCUGAAGGCAAGAAGAUGGUUACAGCCGCCAGCAUCUUCGAGGAGAUGUCUGCUUCCGAGGACAUCAUUGAGCCCGAGGACAUGGACGAGAUCGGCUUGGGCUCCAUCCCCGCCAACGAGAAGAAGUCUGCAGAGGCAUUGGAGGCGACGACUGCCGAAGACAUCAAGCACGAGGAUGGCGAUAUGGAAGCCUCCACGGAUGAGCCCGAGGACCGGCUCCAGUCACUGCUCGGCACCGACCACUUUGAGCUCAGAGUGACGAAGCCGCGGCCCCAACAGAGGGCGGCCGAAAAGACGAUCCAGAUUUGGCUCCCCCUCACUUUCCCUGCUAUUCCUGAGAAGGGCGACUUCGACGUGCAGCGCCUCAAGGCGAGCGAAUAUUUCUUCUCAUGA